UGGUCCAUUGAGCCACAACUGCACCAAACCAAACCACCAAGCGUUAUGUCACCUUAAAUUAUAGGUUAUAACAAGUUUUAAAAUUGUGUAGUGUAUAUAAAAAUAAUAAAUAUAUCGAUAUGGCGUCCUUGUAUUUGGUUUUGCGACGCGGUAUCUCAACAACAUGCGUUUGCAAUGGUAAACGGAAUUUUCGUAAAUUCCUUUUGUAUGGUAAACGUGGUAGUCGUAACUUUAAGGCACAACAGAGCAAGAAUCCGGAUCCAGAUAUACCAAUAGAUAAAAGAGGCGUACGAAAUACUGGAUACAAAGUAGGUGAUAAGUGGGUUCAUGUACCCGAAAUGAUUCCUGAAUUGAUUGUACCUUCAUUGGAAGGAUUCACAUUAAAGCCAUAUGUGUCAUAUAAAGUAGACCAGUUUACAGAACCUGAAUUUACUCCUCAACAAUUGUUUGAUGCAGUAUAUGCUAAGAAAAUAGAAGAUGAUUUUGCAAAUAGUCAGUUAGAUGAAAAUGGACAGCCAUUAAAUCCUAGUGAGUAUGAAAAACUUACUCCUCAACAAGCUAAGGAUAAUGCUGGGAAAACAGGUUGUGAUCUUUUUGAAGAGGGUUUGACAAAAUCAUUUUAGAUUUCUAGUUAAGUAUAAGUUUUUUAGUAGAUGUAUAUUUCAUCACAAUAAAGAAUUCUUUCAAAAAGCUUUAAACACAUUAUGGGUUUAAACCUGCUUUAUGUUUUAUUUAGAACUUGCAUGUGUGAAUAUAUGUAUGUAUGUAUAUGUAUAUGUAUAUACACACACACACAUGUAUGUUGACAUUUUGCAAUUUACAAAAAGUAACUACUCUUACUAUUAUAUGACUGUUAAAGUGAUAUUAUGUGCGCACUCUUCUCUCUUUUCUGAGAGCAUAGAAAUGUAAUUUGUUAACUUGUACACACACAUAUAUAAGCAAUCAUCUCUCAGGUUUGGUUUUAUUUUGACAAAUUAUUCGGAUGUAAGUCAGUGCUUGAUAGCAAAUUUAUCUUCACAAAAUAACUAGUUAGAUCAAACAUUAUACGUAUUGUAUAAAAACAAUAGCUUAUAUACUUAUAAGAAAAUGUAUGUCGCAUAUAAUGAUUAAAUUCUCUGUAAAAUUUGGAAACUUAGUUGAGUUUUAACAAACAUAAAAUUAAAUUAUUGCUGAUAAAACGUGAACGUUAUGAGCUUAGACAAAAUGGAAAUGUAACAAUGCUGAAAUUGAUUUUCAAUGAGAAGAUAUAGAUAUCUUCAUAGAUAUCUUGCAAUGAUGUCCAUUUGUGAAUAUUGGAAUUUGUUUGCAAUUAAACGAACUUAAAUACGUUACGGUAUUUGUUAAAAAGAUUUUUGAGCGAAGUUUGAUUGUUUUUUAAUAAGAUAAGAAACGGCGAACAAUUGAAAUAGUAAAGUCGUUGUCAGUUGUGCGCGGCCGGUAUUGCUUGCUAUUCUAUGUUACUAGAUUUUUAUAAUAUAUGAAUGUAUAUAUAUGUAUAUACUGUUUUUUAUAAAGUGCUGUAUUCAUAUCAAACAUACAAAUAGUCUUGUAAUAAUUAUUGUUUCCAUUUCAAUGUCUUUUAACAAUUAUAAUCAUGUAAGAGAAGCUCAUAAAACAGAGCUGUUUAAAUAGAAAAUAUGCUAUUUGUAGAAGAAAUCAUAUUUAGAAUAUUAAUAUGUGAAUGCUCAUAAAGAUAUACUUGUAUAAAAGUAGUGCAACUGUUAAUGUGGUGAUUUAUAAAUGUUUCUAAAGAGAUAACAUAUAAAAUGUGUAGUCAACUUAUUUCUAUAUAGGUAAAAAUUGAUCCACAUAAAUAAUUUAUUUAAAUAUCUUUACAGAAUGCAGCACUUCUUACACAUUACUAUUUAUCGCUAAUGUUAUUGUUUUUCGUUAUUAUUAUUUUCUAUUUUCUAUAGUCAUACACCAUAAUUUUGAAGAAUGAAAGAGGGAAACAUUUCUCUAAUUUUGUACACUAGAAAGUUUAUUAAAAGAAUGUAACAAAAAUCUUGCAGUUUGCAUCAUGUUUCCACUCUUUGAUUAAAUCAUCACAAAAAGCAUAAGUGGCAUAGUACUUGUAGUUCGCUAUGUGAAGAAUUUUAUUUUUACUUCAGUCAUAUUCUCUAUAUUUGUUAUUCCUUAUUUCAUUUUUUAUUGCCUUACUCUAUAACAUAUUUAUAAUAUCUCGUUAACAACUUGAGCAUUCAUAUUUCUCACUCAUUGGCAGUAAAGUGUAUUUUCUUUAAAGACUUAUAUCGCGUAAAUUCGGUGUAUAUCUUGUUAUUCGUUUUAUACAUAUGAGCAUAAAAAUGAACAAGUUUAAGAUUUCUACUCCGCGAACUUGUUAAUUUUUAAAUUUUCAUGUAACAUUUAAAACUCCCGCAACUCUUUUGUUUAUCCUCUAAUAGCGAAUGUGUUAUUGAAGCAAGUCUUAUGCCACUUGUUCUUCAAAUAAAUUUGGUGUUUCAUCUUGUUAAUUAUCAGUCUAUGAUAUAAUUGGAUAUUUGACUGGUAAAGAAUCAGUCAUUUUAAUAAGGCAGUUACACAUGUUGCUGUAUGACAAAGAUUUCUCUGCACGAAAAUUGUGUCAAGUCACGCGCAUCGCUCAUGAAGAGAGAGAAAUAUACAUUACGAUACAAUGAUAGAACUUUGUAAAAUGACAUUUGUAUAAAGUUUUAUAUGUGUACAUAUGUAUAAAUAAAUUUUUCUGACAAUA